UCGUACUUUUCUAACAUGUCUCACGCAUAACAGAUCGACAGAUAUACAAAAAAAAAAAAAAAAAAAAAAAAAAAGCAAGAAGUCCUCUUUUAUUUUUUUAUUUUAUUUUAUUUGUUGAUUAGGGCCGGAGGAAAUUAUUGUUGGGUUGGUUACCUCCCUCCGUUUUCCCUCCCACCCACCCCUUUCAUGCAUCCCGGUUCGGUACAGUGCCACGUCAGCAGUGCCAGAUCAGCAGUGCCACGUCAGCAAUGCCACGUCACAGUGCCAAUUCACAGUGCCACGUCAGCAGUGCCACAUCACAGUGCCAGAUCAGCAGUGCCACGUCAUCAAUGCCAGGUCACAGUGCCACGUCAGCAGUGCCACUCAAGGCUGCCCAGCUACAGGUUGAUGAAGCGGCAACAGCAGAGAAGCUGCGGCUACAGGCCGAAGCAGACGCAGAUGCCCAGGCUCGCCGCAAGGAAUCCCAGACUCUGCUGCAGCGGCAUGAAGCCAACCGCAUCGAGAAACUCAAGUACUGGCACUUUGAACCGAACGGCGACGAGCCAACACCGGAAGAACAUCAUAAGGAGCUUAUGGCCAAGCUCGUGAGCAGGUUGGUUUACACAUGUAACCACCUCCACUCCGAGCUGGCAAACCUUCAGCGGGCCGUGCGGAAUCACAAGACUCAGCACGAGGAUGCCACACGGGCAUUGGACGCCCGCGAACUGGGCCAAGAACAGGCUGUACCAGGACCAGAUGCUGGAGCUUCCAGCAGUGCAUCCUCUAGCCGCCAACUGGGGGAACGCGCUGACCACGUAGUGGCAAUGCUCGGCGACAUUAGCACCUUCGCUGCGCCGACCACCACCAUCAGCAGUCAGCUGCAUACAUUGAAGACCGAGGUCCAGCAGCUGCAGUCGACGAACGCGGACGGCAAUCCGAAGAUGUACAAGAUGCCAACUUUCAACCUGGAGAGGUUCGAUGACUACACGCAGCAGGAUCCRGUCCUCUGGUGGGAAGCAUUCACAACGCAACUCAGGAUUCUGCCCGUAGCCAAGCAUGCGUACAUCGGCGCCCUGUUCUUGAACUCAAAGGGCGGAUGCCAGACCUGGUUGAGCCACCUGGCAACCUCCCACGGCGUCGACGUAUCAGACUUGAAGGACAAAAUCACAUGGGAAGAACUGACACGGCUGUGGAAGAAGCGGUUCAUCGUCAACGACGCGCCGACACUCGCCAUCAACCGUUUGUUCACCAUGUCACAGGGCAACACUGCAACACGGGAUUGGCUCACAGAGUGGCAGAAGAUUGCGGCAGUGCCCAAUCUGGACCUGACUUUCACUCAUCUCAGACGUGAGUUCUACAACAGGUCCUGUGCUGCAUUGAGCCAGGCUCUUGGUGAUCGCGAGCAGUACUCAACCUUCGCGGAGAUCAUUGACAAAGCGAGGGAGAUCAUCAAGACCAACAGGUCAGGUGCACACGAGAAAUCAACAUGGCAGCCGACCUAUGUGGAGACGGUACGAACUGGUCCGCGACAGCAGCACUUAGCUGCAGUCCAGCAGGACAGUGGAGAUAACCCAGCAGCCACUCCACCAUCAGGUGACGGAGAUCAGGUGGCUGUUGUCCAGCCACGAAGCAACAACAAGUCCCGCAACAAUGGAAAGGCAAAACCAGCAUCGCAGGCCGGAAAUGGACAGCUCCCAUGGGUCAAGUUCGGCUUGACCGAGGCGGAGUACAAGGUCCGCGGCCGCUACGGCAGCUGCUAUUGGUGCAACAACACCAAGCAGAAGACCUCCCUGUGUCAGGAUCAGGGCAAGGAGGAUGUGCGACCCCGGACCAACCACUCCACACUUGAAGAGCUCGACCCGUUGACGUUCACGGACUUCCAGUGGAUGCCCGUUCCCCCGACCGGACAAUUGUCGAAACCGCAUUGCGACGUGCUUAGGGCACAAUUGUGGGACUACUUGCACACUGCAGUACCAGCUCCGUUGAUGGACGCCGGAGCAGAGGUUGUCGACCUUCACGCUUACAUCGCGAAGAUCGACCGCGAGUUCAAGACGCAACGACGCUUCAUCCACGGACUCAUCUUGAGAUCGCGCAUCACCGAACUUCUCGACGCCUACAGCGACGUGUUCGAAGGCCCGCACGGCGUAGUACCGGAUCGGUCCAUCCGCCACGAGAUCAUCCUCGAGGAUGGGGCCGAACCUCCGCGCAGUUGCAUCUACCGAAUGAGCGAGGAAGAGUUAAGUGUGCUUCGGACACAACUCGACGACCUUCCGGAGAAAGGCUGGAUUCGGCCUAGCUUAUCGUCAUACGGUGCCCCUGUUCUCUUCGUCCGGAAGAAGAACAAGGACCUGCGGUUGUGCAUCGAUUAUCGCAAGCUCAAUGCGCAGACGAUCAGGAACGCCGACCCUCUCCCACGCAUCGACGACCUUCUCGGGCGACUGGGCGGCGCUCAGUUCUUCUCUAAGCUGGAUCUCAAGUCAGGGUACCACCAACUCGCGAUUCGCAAGGAGGAUCGCUACAAGACCGCGUUCAAGACACAGUAUGGGCAUUUCGAAUGGCUGGUCAUGCCAUUUGGCCUUACGAAUGCCCCAGCCACUUUCCAAGCGGCUAUGACGACGGAGUUCCGACACAUGUUGGAUCGUUUCGUACUUAUAUACCUCGACGACAUUCUGGUCUACAGCCGGAGUCUGGACGAGCAUGUGGAACACCUGCGCACCGUUUUGGAGCGGCUACGACAGGCCAAGUACAAAGCAAACCGCGACAAGUCCGAGUUCGCACAGCAGGAGCUGGAGUACUUGGGACACUAUGUGACGCCGCAAGGCAUCCGUCCGCUUGCGGACAAGAUCGAGGCCCUACGAGUAUGGCCCGAGCCCACCAACACCACGGAUGUUCGUUCAUUCAUGGGGUUGGUGGGCUACUAUCAACGAUUUAUCACCGGAUACUCCAGGAUUGCUGCACCUAUGACGAGGUUACAGUCACCAAAGGUGCCAUUCGUAUUCGAUGACGACGCACGCCGGUCAUUCCAAGCACUUAAGACGGCUAUGCUCAUGACACCCGUCCUUAGCAUUUAUGACCCCACCCUGCCGACGCGAGUGACUACGGACGCUUCCGGCUAUGGCAUUGGGGCAGUCUUGGAACAGCACGACGGCGACGACUGGCACCCUGUGGAGUAUUUCAGCCACAAACUGCCUCCCAUCAACUCGCUUGAUGAUGCAAGGAAGAAGGAGCUGCUCGCAUUCGUGAUGGCUCUCAAGCGCUGGCGGCACUUCCUCCUUGGGCGUCGUAGGUUCACAUGGGUCACAGACAACAAUCCAUUGACCUACUACAAGACGCAGGACACGGUGAGCAGCACGAUCGGACAAUGGAUGUACUUCAUCGACCAAUUUGACUUCACACCGAAACAUGUCCCCGGCCUCUCCAAUCGCGCAGCAGAUGCAGUCUCGCGAAGACCUGGUCUUUGCGCUAUGACACAUCAUGCCUUCGCAUUCGAAGAGGAGCUUCAGCGACACUUCAUCCGGGCAUAUCAGUCUGAUCCGRACUUCGGCACGCUCUAUGCACAGCUAUCUUCGGAUCACCCGCCGGCCAGCCAUUACCGCAUUGCUGACGGGUAGUUGCUCCUCCACUCGAGAAGCAAGGACUUACUAUGUGUCCCACGCGACCAUCGUCUUCGGACUCGCCUCCUCGGCGAG